AUGAUCCUCGCCGUGAUCCUCGUCGCGCUCCUCCCUUCAUUGGACGCGACGACGCACCACGAGAUAGUGCUCCUCCCUUCAUUGGACGCGACGACGCACCACGAGAUAGUGCUCCUCCCUUCAUUGGACGCGACGACGCACCACGAGAUAGUGUCGGACGUGCGCUGGAAUGACACCAACGGCAACUCGGUCGAGGCGCAUGGUGGGUGCGUGCUCCGAUCGCCGCUCGACGGAAUCUGGUACUUGUAUGGCGAGACUCGAAAAGGCGUCUCGAACCGCAAGACGCCUCCCACCGUGGACUAUCUGACACAGGGCAUCCAUUGCUACUCGUCCGCCUCGUUGGCUGUGUGCGCGUCGGCCAAAAUCGCGGAGCACUUGGAGUGCAGUCAGUAA